GGCGAGAGCAUCAGCCGCCUGACGGCGCCCUCGCCUCAGACGAUACAGCAGACUCUCAAGAGGACCCUGCAGUAUUACGAGCACCAAGUUAUUGGUUACAGGGAUGCAGAAAGGAAUUUCCACAAUAUCUCCAACAGAUGCUCCUAUGCAGACCAUUCCAACAAAGAGGAAAUUGAAGACGUCUCAGGAAUUCUUCAGUGCGCUGCUAAUGUACUCGGUUUGAAGUUUGAGGAAAUCCAAGAAAGAUUUGGCGAGGAGUUCUUUAAUAUAUGCUUUGAUGAGAAUGAGAGAGUCCUUCGAGCUGUGGGCGGCACAUUGCAGGAUUUUUUUAAUGGCUUUGAUGCUUUGUUGGAACACAUUAGAACUUCUUUCGGAAAACAGGCCACUCUGGAGUCGCCAUCAUUCCUAUGCAAAGAGCUCCCUGAAGGCACUCUGAUGCUCCACUAUUUCCACCCUCACCAUACUGUGGGGUUCGCAAUGCUCGGGAUGAUUAAGGCCGCAGCCAAGAAGAUCUACCGGCUGGACGUGGCGGUGGAGCAAGUUGCCAGUGAGAAGCUGGGCUCUGAGGCUUCGAACCCGGGCAACUGUGGCUGUCUUACCUUCCUUAUCAAAGAAUGUGAAAACACCACCAUCACGAAGAACCUUCCCCAGGGCACCUCCCAAGUUCCUGCGGACCUCAGAAUCAGCAUCAGCACCUUCUGCAGAGCCUUCCCUUUCCACCUGAUGUUCGACCCCCACAUGUCCGUCCUUCAGCUAGGGGAAGGCCUGCGGAAGCAGCUUCGAUGUGAUGCUCACAAAGUGCUCAAGUUCCAGGACUGCUUCGAGAUCGUGUCUCCAAGGGUUCAUGCCGCCUUCGAGAGGGUCCUGCUGCGCCUGUCCACCCCAUUCGUGAUCAGGACCAAGCCCGAGGCUUCUGGCACUGAAAACAAAGACAAGGUGAUGGAAGUCAAAGGACAGAUGAUCCAUGUCCCAGAAUCAAAUUCCAUCUUAUUCCUGGGCUCUCCGUGCGUGGACAAGUUGGACGAACUCAUGGGCCGAGGGCUGCAUCUCUCGGACAUCCCGAUCCAUGAUGCCACCCGAGACGUCAUUCUGGUUGGUGAGCAGGCAAAGGCACAGGAUGGCUUGAAGAAGAGGAUGGAUAAAUUAAAGGCAACUUUGGAAAGAACUCACCAGGCCCUGGAAGAAGAAAAAAAGAAAACAGUCGAUCUUCUGUAUUCUAUUUUCCCUGGUGACGUCGCCCAGCUGUUGUGGCAAGGACAGCAGGUGCAGGCCAGGAAGUUCGACGACGUCACCAUGCUCUUCUCGGACAUUGUUGGAUUCACAGCCAUCUGUGCUCAGUGCACCCCCAUGCAGGUGAUCAGCAUGCUGAAUGAACUGUACACCAGGUUUGACCACCAGUGUGGAUUUUUGGAUAUUUAUAAGGUGGAAACAAUAGGCGAUGCGUACUGUGUUGCUGCAGGACUCCAUAGGAAAAGCCUCUGCCAUGCUAAGCCCAUUGCUCUGAUGGCACUCAAGAUGAUGGAACUUUCAGAAGAGGUGCUGACACCUGAUGGAAGACCAAUUCAGAUGAGGAUAGGCAUUCACUCGGGUUCCGUGCUCGCUGGAGUUGUUGGGGUGAGAAUGCCACGAUAUUGCCUGUUUGGAAAUAAUGUCACUCUGGCAAGCAAAUUCGAAUCAGGAAGUCACCCUCGGCGCAUCAAUGUCAGCCCCACCACUUACCAAUUAUUAAAACGGGAAGAAAGUUUCACAUUUAUUCCUCGGUCCCGUGAAGAGCUUCCAGAUAACUUUCCAAAGGAAAUCCCUGGGAUCUGCUAUUUCCUGGAGGUAAGGACUGGUCCUAAGCAGCCAAAGCCUUCUCUUUCUUCCUCGAGGAUAAAAAAAGUUUCCUACAACAUUGGCACCAUGUUCCUCCGGGAGACAAGCCUCUGAGACCUACCACAGAUCAAAGACUCCUCCAAAAAGCACAAGCCCAGAACAUGGGUCAUGACAGGAGAGUGGAAUGAGAUGGUUUCUCUUUCACUACUUGGCUGAGAACAAGCAGCGGAAUUUCUGUGUUAUGUUAGGCAAUAAUCCUAGAAAAAGGUGGAUGAUGACUGUCAAUUAAAAAAAAAUGGAGGGGGGAGGUAAUGAGAUGUGUCCAUCCAUGUGAGUGUUUUUUGGUCAUAUAUAUAUAUAUGUAUAUAUACAUAUAUAUAUAUAUUUUAAGUAUGGGCCCCCUUUCACAACUAAUAAAUAGAUUCCAUGUUUUCUUGUUUGUCACACAUACAGGUAUCUUUCCCCACUUAUCUGUAUCACUUUUGAGAGCCAUUUUUGAUGAUAUAUUCCUACAUUUAGUGAGUUGGUGUGUGAGGACUAUUUUCUAAUUUUGUUUUUCUGAACAGACAUUUCAUACAUACAUCAUGGCAGUGUGGUCAACUUCCCAGCAGGAAGAACUGUAACUCAGCAAAAUAUUUUAGGGAUAUUACCUAUUUUUAUACAUCUCUCUUCUAGAUGAUUACAUUUCACACAACAUUACUCGAUUUUCAGAAUCUGCUACUGUGUAGUUGGUAUAUUAUGUAACUGUAACCUAUUAAUCAAAUAUACUUUCACUUAUUUAGACAGAUUAGUGCUUGGACUGAGAAUACAUAUAACCAAGGACUUCAGAUGCUGAGAAAGCAUUGUAUGUCUGCUUAGUAAAUAUAUCUUUUAGAUUUAAUUAAUGUAGCAUGGAAUCCAGAGGAAAUAGAAUUUCCCAGUAAGAGAUUUAUCUGUAAUUAGGAUUACAGAAAAGUCUUGUUGCCAUCUUCUAAAAAACAUCAGUUAAAAUGAAAUGCUUUGCUGCAUUGGACCCUUUUCAACUUAGCACUUAUAAAAUAGGUAGUUUGUACAAUGUACUCAACUAUAUUCUAAUAAUUUCCAUGACUUGUUACUCCUCCCCCCACCUCUGCCCACUCCGCCCACUCCGCCCCCCGGAUGCCUCCUAAGGGCUACCUGACAGUGGGAGCAAAUUCCUAGAUGUUGGCAUUAGUGAGAAAGAGGUUGUAGGACGUUUUGCCGAGAAUGUUGUUUCUUGCAAAAUAAGGGGGGAAGAAAACCUGUGUUUUAUGGCUUUGAGAUUAAAAAAAAAAAAAAGGAAUUUUUCUUCUGCAGUUUGAUUGAUGUGGCUUUAAAUUCAGUGAAUCACCUUCAUGAACACUGAAGUAGGUCUAGCCUCCAGGCCCAGUCAUUGCCAUAGUGACAGGCUUCUAUCGCAUGUGGUGCUAAAAUGAAGACCUGUUCCCACUAAUUAGCACUGCAUGAAAAUAUUAUCACACACUCACCCUGAAAUUAGGAGCACAGUACAUCCAGAGUUUUCCUAUUUUGGAUCUAAUCUAAAACCCAAGUUUCUACUGAGGUUAAUGAACUGGAAAUAUUUGUUUCCGUGAAACCUUGGAGUGGCCGUUUUUCUCCAGACGAUAUAAUCAUUGAGAGCUUAUGUCUACUGAAUGUAAUAGAGUGAUUUCUCUGGUUAGGCAUUUUGGCUGCAUUAUGAUUUGUUUAUGCUGUAACUCAGCUACGGAGCAUAUUAACUGAUGUCCAGUGUAGUCUGUGAGGCUUGUUAGUGUUUUUAAGUUCUCUAAGUGUGUAGCUAGAAAACAUUUAUCGAUAUGCAAAGUAUUUGUUAUAAUGGCGAUCACUUCUGUAAUUGUUGAACUCUGUUUCACCCCAAGGCUUAUGAGGACACUAGUGCAACAGAUAGUUUGGAGACAGGAUCUAGACGAAGAGCUUUCUGAAGCCUGGCCUAUCCCUCUCCUCCCUGGGUCUAGGUCUCUGUUUUUAACAACGUGGGGGGGCCAGAAGGCCAGUGUGUUUAUUUGAGGGGAGUUUUAUAGACUGGGGACAGGGUGCUCUCAUGGGGGUAAUUACAAAGGAAUUUCUUCAGAGGACUGGGAAAUUAACCCACUUCCUUCACGGGGAACAAGGGGGAGGUUUACAGUUACUGUGGACAGAACAGGCUGGGAGCACCUCAGUCCUCACACUGAAAACAGACAACACUUUAGCCAGGUGCUCUGUACAGCACAGGAACAUGGGGAGAGAACCCAGCUUCACUGAAAUAAUUUAUGCUUAUUUUGCAUAGGAACUUAGAGCUUAUUAUGAUAAACGAAAUCAAUAAAUGUUUUGGUGGUAAGCAAUGUGUUUCAUAACCAUAAGGCUGCAAGGGACUUCCAGUAAUCAUCCAAUCUAUUUCUCUGCUUUUUGUGAAGAUUUGUCUAAGCAACUACUCUAGAUAUAUCAUCAUUCUCUCUAUACUUAAGAAUAUCUGUGGGAAGCAUAUUUUAAAAACAUCAUUGAAAAUCCACUUCAUUAUCCAGUACUUGGUAAUAGGGCCCAAGACACGAAUUGUAUAUACAUUCAAUUUGUCGAAAGAAUAACAAACUCUUUUAGUUUAUAUGGUUCUUAGAGAAGAAGUAGCCAUUUACACUGUCACAAAUGUUACAAUGAAAAAUAUACCAGAGAUCUAUUAUAUAUUACAGAAUAUAAACUACACUUUUCAAACAAUAUAAUCUAAAUGUAUUCUUGAAGCUAUAGUCUGAGGCACUAGUCUAAUCUGUUACCAGAUUGCCAAUUAUUAGUUACUCUGUUGCUAUGUGUUUGCAAGUUACUGCAUAAAGUGGCUGUUAAUUCUAGCUGCACUCAUAGAAGUUAGAAGCUGUGAAAAACUAUUAUAUUUUUAUUUGUCCUAUGUAAUACAGUCUACAUAUCCUCCGUUUAGGAAUUGUGACUGCAACACUGGGUCAUAGUUAGUAUUUCAUUUGACCAAUAUCUGUACAGUAUUCUUACCUAAAAAUUAUUGCAAACAUCAUGCAUUUUAGUGUGGCAGAUUAAAAAGAAUGUAAAUGGAUGUCCUAUUAGAAAUCAAGGUGAUAUUAAAUUAGGGAAAUGGCUUUGACCCACUCUAAAAGGGAUACAUCAAAAUAUAAUUUGGUACUUACA